GUUCGCCUUUCAUCUCGACCUUCAUCAGUGAGAAGGUGUCACUCUGCCAUUACUGUCAAAGCUCUGUUCCUUCCUUCUCCUAUUUGCCCUAAUCGACCGGAAGUGUGAGCUCGAGUCGGAAUUCGCUAAUGCAAAUACCUCUCGUCCCGCUUCAAAUUUAGCUCUGUUUCUCCCGAUUUCUCCAUCUCCGUGCGUUGGUAUUGGGCAUUGAAACCCUAAAGUUCAAAGCUUUCUUCUUCCUGGAUCGGGAACAGUGGACGCGGAUCGUUGCACUAGUGGCCUGGUAACUAGCUCUUGGCAUCUAAGUUUGCGGCAGCGCCGGUUUCUUGUGGUUUUAGGGUUUUGCUUGUUGUUGCUGAGCUGAAAGAUUCAUGGAAGGAACCUCCUUUCCAGCAGUACGAUGAUUAAAUCAUGAGAUUCUUCUACGCUUUAGAGCGGUUGAGUUGUUUCUGCUGUUGGAAUCGAGUUUAAUUGCUAUGUGAGGAACUUUGUGGCUGCAUUUAGAGGCGAUCCAGGGUUCCGGUCUUCGCUUGCUGUUGCUCAGUUUAGGGUUCUUCCUCACUUGGCAGCUCAGCUGGACGUUUGCAGCAGUAGGGCGUUUGUUGUUAUCACUAUAUCUUGGUGGAUUUGAGAGUUAUUUCAGGGUUUGGGGUGUCUAAGUUUCCGGUGCUAAUCAGGAAUUAAGUGCAGGUGCUAAUUGCUGAUUGUUAGGUGGAGAGGCUUGCCUAUUUAGAAGCAGUCUAGGAUUUCCUGCUGAUUUUGGAGAAACAAUUCGGGUUCCAAUGUCUGCGAAUAAUAACAACACUAAUAACGGCAACCCACCGAGAAGCCUUGGGGCUACGGUGUCGCCUUUCGGGAAUGUGGGGAUAGUGAAUUCAUCUAUGCCUCAGAACCCUGCAUUCGCUCAGGCACAGCAAAUGCAGGGCAAUGCAGCCGGGUUUCAGACCCAGUUCCAGCUAUCGCAGCAAGCCCAAGCGCAAGCCCUUGCUCAGGCUCAGUCCAAAGCUCAGGCCCACAUUCAAGCUCAAGUCGCCGCCCAGAUCCAGGCCCAAUUCCAAUCUGCUGCUGGUGGCAGUGGGAUUGGGAACUUAGGCUCGUCUUCCCCCGGCGGCAGUGCCAUUGCAAAGCGGCCACUCAUGAAGCCCCCUGUCCGUCCUCCGGCAAACCCCAUGGCCACUGCCGCUACCAUGAUGUCUCCACUGAAGCAAAUGGAGCUGGCUUCCGCUGCUGCUGCGCGAAAGAAGAAGCAGAAGCUCCCGGAGAAACAGCUUCAGGAGAGGGUUGCUGCGAUUCUCCCGGAGUCUGCUCUCUACACCCAGCUCCUCGAGUUCGAGGCCCGAACCGAUGCUGCCUUAGGAAGGAAGAAGGUUGACAUACAGGAGGCACUUAAGAACCCUCCUACGAUCCAGAAAACUCUUCGUAUAUAUGUCUUCAAUACUUUUGCUAAUCAGGUCAGGGCGAUCCCUCAGAAGCCUAAUGCGGAGCCCCCAACCUGGACCCUUAAGAUAAUCGGGAGGAUCUUGGAAGAUGGGGUUGAUCCCGAUCAGCCCGGAGCAGCUCAGAAGCAGCCCAAUCCCUUGUACCCAAAGUUCUCUUCUUUCUUCAAGAGGGUGAGCAUUUCAUUGGACCAAAGACUGUAUCCUGAGAAUCCAAUCAUUCUUUGGGAGAGCGCCAGGUCACCUGCUGCUCAUGAGGGGUUCGAGGUGAAGCGUAAAGGAGAUAAGGAGUUCACUGCUACUAUACGCUUAGAGUUGAACUACUCGCCGGAGAAGUACAAGCUCUCACCUAUGUUGACAGAACUUCUUGGUAUUGAGGUCGACACUCGCCCAAGGAUUAUUGCUGCGAUCUGGCACUACGUGAAGGCCAGAAAGCUGCAGAACCCAAAUGACCCAACCUACUUCAACUGCGACCCGCCUCUUAUGAGAGUGUUUGGGGAGGAGAAGAUGAAGUUCACCAUGGUUUCUCAGAAGAUAUCACAGCAUUUAUCUUUCCCUCAGCCCAUUCACUUGGAACAUAAGAUCAAACUCUCGGGGACCAGCCCAGCGGGAACUGCAUGCUACGAUGUACUGGUGGAUGUGCCAUUCCCGAUUCAGAGGGAACUCUCCACACUUUUGGCGAAUGUGGAGAAGAACAAAGAGAUCGAUGCUUGCGAUGAAGCCAUAUAUGCUGCUAUAAGAAAGAUUCAUGAGCACCGUAAAAGAAGGGCUUUCUUCCUUGGGUUCAGUCAGUCACCAGCUGAAUUCAUUAAUGCAUUGAUUGAAUCUCAGAACAAAGAUCUGAAGCUUGUUACUGGAGAAGGAAGCCGAAAUGCUGAAAAGGAAAGGCGAUCAGAUUUCUUUGGUCAGCCAUGGGUUGAAGAUGCUGUUAUUCGAUACUUGAAUAGAAAGCCGGUAACGGGAAGUGAUGCACCUCCAAGCACAUGAGCAUGGGAUCUGCGAGCUCUGCAUGGACCUCUAUGUGGGUCAGUCGCUGACUGUACCUGAUGGGAGAAUGACUUCGCUGAUCGUGGUUAAAUUCUGGUAUCUCAAGUGUGUGGAAUCAUGACUUAUAAAUUUUACUUUUCUCCCGGUGCUGAGGUUGAACUGAACUUCUCGGAUGUAGAACUAUGUAUUAGAAUAGAAAUGCUGAUGUACAUAGUUUUUGUUGUUGUCUUAUCCUAUUUCAUCGUGCUGCAACAUAAAAGAUUACUGAUAUGUUGGUCGGUUAUUGUAGUACUGAUGAUGUACUCUAAUCAGCUAGGUUGUUAGUGACAUUUAGCUUGGUCAUUCUACUUGUUUCAACUUUCGGAGAGUAUGUGUUUACAUCAUAAUCUUUUUCUCUUGGAAUAUUGUUACUAGAAUCA